AUGGGGAGGCCAAGGUGUUUUUUGGACAUAAGCAUAGGAGGUGAGUUAGAAGGAAGGAUAGUAGUAGAACUCUACAACGAUGUUGUUCCUAAAACUGCUGAAAAUUUUAGAGCUCUCUGCAGUGGUGAGAAAGGCAUUGGACCUAACACUCAUGUUCCUCUUCAUUACAAGGGAUGCCGUUUUCAUCGUGUUAUCAAAGGUUUUAUGGUUCAAGGCGGAGAUAUCUCUGCAGGAGAUGGGACUGGUGGGGAAUCUAUUUAUAGCUUGAAAUUUGAGGAUGAGAAUUUUGAACUGAAACAUGAAAGGAAGGGAAUGUUAUCUAUGGCCAAUGCUGGUCCAAACACAAAUGGUUCGCAGUUCUUUAUCACGACGACUCGCACUUCUCAUUUGGACGGAAAACAUGUUGUAUUUGGAAAGGUUGUUAAAGGAAUGGGAGUUGUUCGUUCUAUUGAGCAUGUAUCAACUGGUGAUGCUGAGUGUCCUGCUUCUGAUGUUUUAAUUGUGGAUUGUGGAGAGAUUCCCGAGGUUGCAGAUGAUGGGAUAUGUAAUUUCUUCAAGGAUGGUGAUGUUUAUCCUGAUUGGCCAGCUGACCUUGAUGAGAGUCCUAAGGAACUUUCAUGGUGGAUGAAUGCUGUAGAUUCUAUUAAGGCUUUCGGAAAUGAACAUUUCAAGAAACAAGACUAUAAGAUGGCACUAAGAAAGUACCGGAAGGCUUUACGCUAUCUGGAUAUCUGUUGGGAGAAAGAAGGGAUUGAUGAAGAGAAGAGUUCGGCUUUGAGGAAGACAAAGUCACAGAUAUUCACAAACAGUGCAGCUGCAAAGUUAAAAUUAGGGGAUCUGAAAGGAGCACUGGUGGACACAGACUUUGCAAUACGUGAUGGAGAAAACAAUGCAAAAGCUCUGUUUCGCCAGGGACAGGCAUACAUGGCUCUUAAUGAUGUUGAUGCUGCGGAGGAAAGCUUCAAAAAGGCAUUGCAGUUGGAGCCAAAUGAUGCUGGAAUAAAAAGGGAGCUUAAUGCUGCUAGGAAGAAGAUUAACGAGAGACGUGAUCGGGAGAAAAGGCAAUAUGAGAAGAUGUUCAAAACUUCAAACAGCACUUCUGCAAAACCGACAACAAUAUUUCUUGUCUUUCUUCCCUGUUUCCAUGCCCUUUGGUUCACCUCAUUCUGCUUGGUGUUCGAUCCUGAACAGAGUAUAUCAACCACAAUAGCUAAUGCAUGCGUUCUCGGAGUUAACUUGGUAGAUUUAAACACGAAAAAGGGGUUGGUGAUAGUUUCUGGCUUUGUAGAUCCUUCAACGCUCCAAAGGGCCAUAACGAAGAUAGGGAAGAAAGCAGAGAUUUUGUCAUAUGAAAAGGAUCCCAUACUAGCCAAAAACAAACUUGAUAAAUUCAUUAGGAACAUGCAAAAAGAGUGUAACAUCAGUGAUGAGGAGAAUUGUUGUUGCUGUAAGGAGUCUAAGAAGGAUCAGAAGCCGGUACCUAAGGUGAGUGACGAUGAGGCAAUUUCUAUGCCUCCUCAGCCAUAUUAUGGCAUGGGAAGUAGUAAUGCACCUCCUGCUUGGUACGGGCACAGAAGCGUUGGUCCGAGAUUUUAUGGUCCUGGUUAUCAAGGGCUGCGGCCUAGGUAUGACACUCCAAUGGUGCCAUACAAUUACACGGGGAGACCAUAUGGUUAUCCAGGCUAUCAGCCAUCUGUUUAUGCUAGGUUGCCGCUGCAGCCAACACUCCCUCCUCCUCUUCCUCCGCCACCACCUCCGCCACAAAUUCCUUUGCCAAAUCUUCAUGCUGUUUACGGUGGGCAAAAAGAAGCACCAGCCGGCAACUCCAUGUAUCAUGCUUUCAGCGAUGAUAAUGUUAAAGCUUGCAGCAUAAUGUGA